AUGUCAAGCAGUCCUAUUGGAUCUCAUAGUUGUGGUCACUCUGAUGAAGCUGGUGUCGAAUGUGAAGUUAACUCCACUGUGAACUGUACUUAUGGUGAUGUUAGAUUGGUAGGUGGUUCAACACAAUAUGAAGGUAGAUUAGAAGUCUGUAUCAAUGGAGUGUGGGGCACAGUAUGUGAUGAUAGUUGGGGAAGUAGUGACGCUACUGUUGUCUGCAAACAACUAGGAUAUGCUUACACUGGAUAUGGUAUAGCUAAACUCAAUUCUCACUAUGGUGCUGGUAGUGGAGAAAUCUGGCUAGAUGAUGUAGCCUGUACUUCAUCUAAUACUAAACUGUUACAAUGUUCUAGUAGUCCUAUUGGAUCUCAUAGUUGUGGUCACUCUGAUGAAGCUGGUGUCGAAUGUGAAGCUCCAUGUACUAAUGGUGAUCUACGUCUUGUUGGUGGUAAUGUUGAGCAGGAAGGAAGAGUAGAGAUAUGUAUUGGAAAUAUUUGGGGCACAGUUUGUGAUGAUUACUGGGGUAACACAGAUGCUCAAGUAGUUUGUGGUAAACUUGGAUAUCUAAAAACAGAUGCAAUUGCAUUUGCUAAUGCCAAGUUUGGUGCUGGUAUAGGUAGUGUUUACCUUGAUGAUGUACAAUGUAGUGGAUCUGAGACAAGUUUAUUAAGUUGUACUUAUGAUUCUAAUACUGCUGACUGUACUCAUAGUUCUGAUGCAGGAGUAAGAUGUCAAGCUCCAUGUACUAAUGGUGAUCUACGUCUUGUUGGUGGUAAUGUUGAGCAGGAAGGAAGAGUAGAGAUAUGUAUUGGAAAUAUUUGGGGCACAGUUUGUGAUGAUUACUGGGGUAACACAGAUGCUCAAGUAGUUUGUGGUAAACUUGGAUAUCUAAAAACAGAUGGUAUAGCUAAACUCAAUUCUCACUAUGGUGCUGGUAGUGGAGAAAUCUGGCUAGAUGAUGUAGCCUGUACUUCAUCUAAUACUAAACUGUUACAAUGUUCUAGUAGUCCUAUUGGAUCUCAUAGUUGUGGUCACUCUGAUGAAGCUGGUGUCGAAUGUGAAGCUCCAUGUACUAAUGGUGAUCUACGUCUUGUUGGUGGUAAUGUUGAGCAGGAAGGAAGAGUAGAGAUAUGUAUUGGAAAUAUUUGGGGCACAGUUUGUGAUGAUUACUGGGGUAACACAGAUGCUCAAGUAGUUUGUGGUAAACUUGGAUAUCUAAAAACAGCUCCAUGUACUAAUGGUGAUCUACGUCUUGUUGGUGGUAAUGUUGACCAAGAAGGAAGAGUAGAGAUAUGUAUUGGAAAUAUUUGGGGCACAGUUUGUGAUGAUUACUGGGGUAACACAGAUGCUCAAGUAGUUUGUGGUAAACUUGGAUAUCUAAAAACAGUUAACUCCACUGUGAACUGUACUUAUGGUGAUGUUAGAUUGCUAGGCGGUUCAACACAAUAUGAAGGUAGAUUAGAAGUCUGUAUCAAUGGAGUGUGGGGCACAGUUGUAGCCACAGUGAAGAUGCUGGAGUUAGAUGUCAAUGUGAGAUAA